UUUUCACAAUUUUAACGUAAGCUCUCGAGCACAAAGCUGGCCGAAGGUGGAGCGGAAUUAAUAUUUUUUUUUCGAAAAUUUCCGUGAUUAAAUUCUUAUAUUAAUUCCAAAAUGAGUUCAGAUUCCUACUUUAAAGAAGUCGACGCCGAAAGCAGUGGGAAACUUGCCAAAAAAGCAAAGGAGUCACCCUUCAUGUUAAUAGGUUUGGCAGGUUUUGUUGCUGCAGGUGCUUGGGGUGCUUACUCCUACAAGAACCGUGGCAAAAUGAGCACAAGCGUUUUCCUAAUGCAACUCCGUGUAGCAGCUCAAGGAACGGUUGUGGGUGCAUUGACUAUUGGACUUGCAUACGCCAUGGCAAAGGAAUAUUUGUUCGACAAACACCCCAAAGAAGAUUUCACCAUUCAAAAAUCAAUUGGUCAUUAAUAGGAAUUUAGUUUUAUAACAAAAAACGAAAAUAAAUGUUUAGAUUUUAUUAAAAAAAAAAAAAAACAAACAAACAUUCAAAUUCAAACAGCAUUAAAAUUACUAAUUGUGUUCAUUUAAAAUAUCUCAUUAACAAUUCAUGCUCAUGAUUUAAUUUGGUUUCCUGAGUUUCUUUGUGAAGAAGAAAUAAUUAUUUAAUUUUGUUUAACGAUAGACGAAGUAAAACUUGAUGUUGUCGUUGGGCAUUGUUUUGCCUGUGAUAAUAAGUACACAAACUAGUAAAUUUUAUUAUUAUGUAAAAAAUGUAAAAAUGAAACAGAUGUGUAUAUUUUUUCAUUCUAUUUAUUUAAUAAUCCAAUAAAAAUUAAUUAAUUUGCUGUUUGCAAACAUCUAGCCAUUUUUUGUUAUAUAUCUUCAUAUGUUUGUACAAAAAGAAAAAAUACUACAAAAGAAAUAGAACUAUGUAUUGUUGAACUAAAAGAAAUGUGAAAUAGUUUAAUAUAAUUUUUAAAUAAAUGUGAAGGUGUAAAUCAAA